CACCCCACUAUCACACACAACACACUAUGUUGUAGACAGCUAACAAUUCCAAUUCCAAUUCCAAUUCCAAUUCAAAAUUAUAGACUUUUUUAUUAAUCCUAGAUAGAUACUUGUCGGUAGCUAUUUCAUUUCUUUGAUUUUCUAUAAUUGGAUUUAUUUCUUCUCUUUUCCCCUCUGUUUUAUAAAACUUUUUAUCCUCAAACCUCGCAAAACUCGAACUUCGAAAUCAAAAAUCAAAAAUCAAAAAUCAACAACAAACAUAAAGCAAAGAUGCCAAAUUCAGUAGAUGAUCAGACUGAUGCACCUUCAAUCGAAGUCAAGAAUCUCACCUAUAAGUUUCCGGAUUCAACUCUGGGUCUUACAGAUAUAACAUUAAGUUUACCACCCAGUUCGCGGACUCUGUAAGAUGAAUUUUGAACUUCCCUUCGGUUUCUACUCUAUCCUAUCUUCUCCAAAGCAAAAAGAAGGAAAGAAAGAAAGAUACAAAUCCCCUCAACUCAUCCAAUCCUCACCACCACACAAGCUAACCUCACCUCACCCAACCAGAUUAAUCGGUGCCAACGGCGCCGGCAAAACCACACUCCUCCGCCUCCUCUCAGGCAAACGUCUCGCCCCCACCUCCACAAUCUCCAUCUCCGGCCUCGACCCCUUCAAAGACUCCCUCGUAGGGGUAACCUACCUCGGACUCGAAUGGGUUCUCAACCCCAUCGUCCGCACCGACAUCGGUGUACGCGAACUACUAGCCUCAGUAGGCGGUACAUACUAUCCCGCUCGACGCGACGAGCUGGUCCACGUGCUCGACAUCGAUCUCGAAUGGCGCAUGCACCAAGUAUCCGACGGUGAACGUCGUCGCGUUCAACUCGCCAUGGGUCUCAUACGACCUUGGCGCAUUUUACUCCUAGAUGAAAUUACAGUAGAUUUAGAUUUGUUGAGUCGGAAGAGAUUCUUGGAUUUUUUGAAGGAGGAGACGGAAAAGAGACAUUGUACGAUUGUUUAUGCGACGCAUAUUUUGGAUAAUCUUGCAGGGUGGCCGACGGAUUUGGUGCAUAUGAGUUUGGGGAGGGUGAAGGAGUGGGGGCCCAUUGGGAAGUUCAAGGAGGAGAUGAAGGAGGAUGGUGGCGGAAAUUCGAGAUUGGGUGAGUUGGUGCUUAAGUGGUUGGGGGAGGAUUUGAGGGAGAGGGGUCCGAGGAAUGGGGCCGGGAGUGCGGGGACGAGUUACUUGGUUGGUGGGGUGGGCGGGUAUGGGAGUGAGAAGAGGGUUUAGAUGGAGGUGCGGAUGGAGGUGCGGGUUUGGAAGAGGGAGGGAAUAGAUGGUUAGGUGAUUGUGGAUAUGGUGGGUGGUAACGCUUUAACGCGUAUAUAUAUGGGACAACAUGGUAUACACUCAACAUGAUACAAGAGGGAGAAGAGGUCCGAUGGAUACUCUCAUACUUUCAUACUUUUUGAUUUCCCACCCCAUUUCAUUUCAUUCAUUUAAUCCAUACUAUCUAGAGAGCCUUAACGCCUCUAAAAUCUGUAUAUACAGACAGAUAGCUAGGCGUUACCAAGCAUCACACGAGGCGGCGUACUUUAACAUACGAUACCCCAUAGAAAU